UCCCUGUCGAGAGCAAGCAGCAUCACCAGUACCAGUAUUGUCUAGGUCGGCCAGGUUGGCUACCCACCUAAGCCUCUGAGUCUAUACAGUAGAGCAAGAUCAAAAUGACACGAUGUCCGGGUCGAAUCAGGACCGGACGAAGCGUGUUGACCUCAGCAUCAACCGCCUGAUUUCCCAGCUCAUCCCAGAUAACCCGCGUCUAAGCGACGAGGACGCCCAGCAGAGACACGACCAGUUCUUCGAUGAGAUCAAGCAGUUGCUAAACCAACCGCGACCGCCUCCCUUGGCCGACCAGAACCAUGCCUCCGAACUUAUCAGACGAAAGCUCGUGCAGACGAACCCGAGCCAAGCCCUGCGCUACUCGAACCUGUACUCGAGAUUGCUGGCGCUACCCGUGCUGAAUCAGAAAUGGGCCAUGCUGUACCUGCUUUAUCAGCUGGCCGAUUCGCCCGACCCCACCGAGCCCGACCCCGUUGCCUUUGCCGAGUUCCAGCAGGAGCAGGCGAGGCGGAGGAGGAAGCACGAGGAAAGAGAAGACUUCGCCUCGAGCGGCCCUCCCAACCAGGGAAACGCUGACGCGUAUACACGCGACCCUAAUCAGAAUCCGAACCCCAAUCCGAACCCCGACGACUCCUACCAUCCCACCGAGUUGCGCGAUGUGCUCAAGAAUCCGAAAGACAUGAGGCCGCUCGACGGCGAUUCUCAACGUCCUUCGAGCCCCAGCAGCCGCAGGCGUAGUAGAGGAAGCAAAGACGAACCUCCCAGCCCGCCGAAGAGGGAUGUUGCCAUCAAAUCCAAGCUGCUGGCCGAUAAUUAUAGCGAUUUCGAGCCCUCCGAACCCGUCUUGCUCCGGGAUCUACCAUAUACCCUUCAGGGACUCUCCUCGGCCACUCUUCCCUUCGCCAAAGAGGACUCCCUCAAGUUGCCACCUACGCUCCCCCCACCGCUGAUCGGCCUCCUCCACACCCUUGCCGAACCAUCGCUUCUCUAUCGCGGCCUCGAAGAAUUUGUCAAAACACCAGCCAAGGGCCUCCUAGCCCAGAGUCUUCGAGCUGCCAUCAGCACCGAGUUACGGUCAUACCUAACGCUCGUGGCGACACUAGAGGGCCAGAUACGACGUGCAUUAUCCACCAUUGACGAGAAAGCCCCUAGGAGUGGCAUCGGUAAGGCGGGCGUGACCCUGAAGCGUUGCGUCGUCUGGACGCGCGAGGCUACCAUGGGUUUACGUCUCAUGAGCAUGAUCGCGGAAGAGUCGAAGAGUAAGAAAGGCGGCCAACUCAUUUCUCUAAUCCACUCCCUCUCGUCAUCUCACGGUGAUCCCAUCGUGGGGGCAUUCGCCGAGCAACUCCUUAUGCCUGUUACCCGCCCUUUUUACGAUAUCCUGCGACAAUGGAUAUACGAUGGGGAGCUCUCGGACCCGUAUCUCGAGUUCUUCGUGCAAGAACAGCCGGUAGACAUGAUGCCUAAGGGCAAGACAGGAUCUAUCAGUGUCUGGGAUGACAAGUAUAUGCUCGAUCCUCUCAUGAUCCCUUCUAUUAUUACCAUGGAAUUCUGUGAAAAGGUCUUCCUGAUCGGCAAGUCUCUCAAUUUCAUCCGUCAUAGUUGCGGCGAUGCUCAGUGGGUCGAGUCCUACUCGAAAGAGUCUUCCAAGCAACUCAGUUACGGCGAUACGGCAACCCUAGAAACAUGGAUCGACGAGGCAUACAAAACUACUAUGCGCCGACUCCUGCACCUCAUGACUAACAAGUUUCACCUCUUCGAGCACCUCCAGGCGCUCAAGAGCUACAUCCUCCUCGGGCAGGGUGACUUCAUUGCUUUGCUGAUGGAAUCUCUCGCCGCGAACCUCGACCGCCCAGCCGGGGCCCAGUAUAGGCAUACGCUUACGGCACAGCUCGAGCACGCCAUCCGCGGCUCCAAUGCACAGUACGACUCGCCCGAGGUCCUGCGGCGGCUAGACGCGCGCAUGCUGCAGCUCUCGCACGGCGACAUCGGGUGGGACUGCUUUACUCUCGAGUACAAGAUCGACGCCCCUGUGGACGUGGUCGUGUCAGACUGGGGUAACCGUCAGUACCUCAAGGUGUUCAACUUCCUCUGGCGCAUCAAGCGCGUCGAGUUCGCGCUCUCGUCCACAUGGCGAAAGGUCACGACGGGCUCACGCGGCGUCCUCCAGACCGACCAUGCCGCCGUGCGCCAGACCUGGAAGACGACGCGCGGCCACCUCGCCGAAAUGGUGCAUUUUGUCGGCCAGCUACAGUACUACAUACUCUUUGAGGUCAUCGAGAGCUCCUGGACCGAGUUACAAGAGCGCCUGCAGCGCGAAGACGCCACCCUUGACGACGUGAUCGAAGCGCAUACCACCUACCUCAACUCUAUCACGCACAAGGGGCUCCUAGGCGCGCGGCGACGACGCUUCGUCGGCUCCAACGCUAACGCCGCCGCCGCUGCUACGGCUGCCUCUGCCUCUGCCUCUACCGGGGGUAGUGGCACGGGAACCGGCGCCGGCAUGCCGGCGGAAGAAGAUGACAACAGCUACAUGAUCCAGCUCGGAGAGCUACUACGCACGAUGCUCGCAUACCGCGACUGCGUCGACGGGCUGUACUCAUGGUCGGUGUCAGACUUCACACAGCGGCAGGAGGCCGGCCUCCGAUCUUCGUCCGCCGAUGGUGACGACGACGACGACGACGGAGAAGGGGGCGGCAUCCCGGGUGGGCCGCACAGCGAAUUCCCCGCAUUGCGAGAACGGCUCCGGAACCUUGGAGACCGGUUCCGGACGAAACUCCAGAUCUUGCUCGGCGACCUGGCCUAUCAGCCCGACGUCGACCUGCGCUUCCUCGGCGUCGUGAUGAACUUCAACGACGUGUACCAGCCCGUGCGCCGCAAGCCCAAAAGCAGCACUUCUGGGGCGGGCGGGUCCGCGACAGCGGCCGCCGCUUCGGCCGCAAGUUCAGCUGCUGCGACUGCUGCCGGCGGAGGGGCAGGGGCAGGAACGGGAGCGGGCGCGGGAGCGGGAAGAGGGGCCUCGGGCACUGCUGGUGCGCCUGGUUCGCGAAAGGCUAGCAAAGGUCGUGGACGGAUCAAGGAGAAGGAAGUUAGUAGCUUGACUGACGGGGAGCAUUCGAGACGGUGAUGACGCCGGAUUAUGGUGAUUCCGAGUUAGGAAAGGGGGUCACAACCUCUUGUUUGUCCGUAGUUCACGUGCUAUUAUUUUCCCGCCUACCUAUUUACCUAGGUAAAGUAGCGCUACAUCAUCGAUAUAUGUCCACAGAUGGUAAUUCCAGUCGGGUUCGAUUUAGGAGCGGGGGACGGGGUGUCAGAUACCGCGUACGUAGGGCUCGUCGCCAGGAGAGAAGAUGAAAAAAGGGACAGGGACAGGAGUUGCCGCUUAGAAUAUACACAGUGUAAAUAUAACAUAUUCGGAGCGUGCACCCCCGCUACGGCGAGCUACCUGAGCUACCUCAGUGCCUCUCGCCUCCCCUAUGCCUGUAUAGCUAGGUAUUCAUAUCGGCAGAGCAGAUUCGAGUAUAGCAG